AUGUCGAACAUUAUCUCUACAAGGUUGUCUGACGUCACUGCCGAUGACGAAUUCACCCUCGAUUUAGCGGACUUUGCCAAUCUCUUCCUAUAUGCUGGCAGCCACUUAUUAAGGAUUCACCGAGUGCUGGAGCAGAUGAAGGACAAUACAUCGCAGAAAGUUCGCAAGAAUAUCGGCAUGUACCUCAACUGGGAGGCAGAGGCCUUUACCAUCCCUUGGGUCACAUUUUGCACCGGGUUGAGCAUCAACCCACCAUUAUCACACAAUUUACAGUAUCUCAUCGGCCUCCUGGCGAUGAAACAGCUGAAGAUGCUUGAGAGCUACGCCGAUGUGUAUCACUUGUUCAUGACCUUGCCGGUAGACCCGCCGGCAACAUGGAUGAGAAGCCAUGAAGGCAACACAUAUGAGCAUGCUUGGUGGCUGGGUCCUCUUGACACCGAACCCAACGAGGUGUUCUUCAACACUUACCCAAACUGCGUUGAAAACUACAUUGGCUUAUAUCAAGAGGAACAAACUGACUUCAGCCGUGUGCAGCCUGAGGGGACCGCGUUCCUCACGCCGGCAACCUUGAUUGAACCCAAGAUCACGCUGGUGGCUCAGCAAGUGUCUACCAUUCGCGCCGAGGUCCAGCAGGAAGGUAAUCAUCUUCUGAAAAUGAUUGAAGACAAGGUUAUAGAAGCAAGGAUAGUGGCUGCAAGCUUGAUGCAAAUGGACAGUCUCCUGGGUCGGGAUGUUGGUGAAGCCAUCGCUGCGAUGGAAAGACUUGUGAAGUAUUUGAAAAGAGAGCAAAACAUGUCCUAA